GUAUUUUAACUUAAUCCACCAAGCGGAACUAAAGACGUGGUGAAGAUGACCCGGUUUGUGUUUGGAGACGGACAAUCGCUCUUGCCUGUGACGUACAUUAUCAAAGAGAAGACGCACGGGCGUCGUAUGUUAAUGUCCACAUUAAACUUACUCUAAAUACACUUAAAGUUUGACUUUGCGGUGUUUAAGUUUAAAGAAGUCGGUUGGGAUGCCUCUGUCUGAGCGGUCGAGCUCUGACGGCGGCCAUGGGCCUCGGAGUCCUCGGGCGCGGAGACAUCGGAGCCGCUCACGCAGCCGAAACCGCAGCGGUAGCCGCGAUCAAAGCCUGUCGCCGGACAGUUUUGGACCUAAACUCCCAAGGCCGCGGAACCGGGAAAAGGAACGAGAAGAACGGGAACAUCGAUUCCGGGAGGCCAGGAACAUAAGGCGGAUCCGAAUAGGAUCCCGGUCUCGGUCUAGGUCUCGGGACAGAGAGCGUCACAAUAAUUAUAACAACAACAUCUCAAACAACGGCCACAGCCACUGGUCUGAGCAGCGAGAUGUGCCCGGGAAACAUGGCAGCUUCAAAGAUGAUUAUUACUACGACCAGCAGCGGGACGACGCUCAGAGACAGAGACAGGAGGCCUUCAUCGCCAGGCGUCUUCAAGAGAGGGAGCGGAUCGGUGAGUGUGGUUGCCCCGAAGUUUGGGGAUAUUCACCAAGAGUAAAGGAACCAGAUUCUGAUGAAUUCACACCAGUUGAAGAAGAUGAGAAAAACAGCAGUUCAGAGUCCAGCUCAGAAGAAGAAAAGAAGAAGAAGAAGAAAAAGAAGAAGAAGAAAUCCAAGAAGAAGAAGAACAAAAAGCACAGUGAGGACAGUGAGCUGGAAUCAGAAUCAGAAGAAGAAAUCAAGAAAAAGAAGAAGAAAAACAAGAGCAAAAAGUCCAAGAAGUCCAAGAAGAAGAAGGCAAAGGCAAAGAAGAGUCGUAAGGAGUCGAGCGACUCUAGCAGUGAGGGAUCAGAGGAGGAAGAGGAGGAGGAUCCUAAUGGGGUCUUGUGGGUGGAGAAAACCGGCACGGAUGACAAUGUGGUCGGCCCCGAAGCUCCACUUACCGCCAUGUCCCAGGACGACAAGCCAUUGGAUUUUGGUCAUGCACUGUUGCCAGGUGAAGGUGCUGCUAUGGCAGAGUAUGUGAAAGCCGGCAAACGUAUCCCGAGAAGAGGAGAGAUCGGUCUCACCAGUGACGAAAUCGCAAACUUUGAGAAGUCUGGUUACGUGAUGAGCGGCAGCAGGCAUCGACGUAUGGAGGCUGUGCGUCUGAGAAAGGAAAACCAGAUCUACAGUGCAGAUGAAAAGAGAGCACUGGCGUCUUUCAACCAGGAAGAGAGAAGGAAGAGAGAGAGCAAGAUCCUAUCAAGCUUCAGGGACAUGGUGUACCGGAAAACCAAAGGCAAGGAGGAGAAGUGAACAUCACGUUCCCUGUUUGCUUUCUGUGGACACUGUUUGUCCUGUGACUCCUGGUGGUCACUGGAUUUUAACUGUAAAAUCAUGUGAAUAAUAAUUUUCCUUUUUGUUAAUAGGGAACAUAGAACCCUGAUAAGUUUUCAUCUUAUAUUUUUUACUUUGCUUUUAAAUUGACUGUACUUUGUUGCCAUUCUACAACAGUGGAUGCAAGUGUAGUAUUUCAGUUUAGGUGUAAGAUAUCUUAAAGAGGCAAAUAAAGAUGUGUUGCAAAAAAAAAUCUUUAUCUUUAAUUAGUUCUACAACUGUGCACCAACACUGUUGCAUUGUGGGUUGGAUCCUAGCACUGAUAACGUCAUUGUCAUUAAUAUAUCCAUUAUUAUGAUGAUCCUGAUUAUCUUCUGAGGAGAUUAGGUUUGUAGAAUUUGAUCAAAAAGUUUUUUUGUUUCUUUUAAGGUGAUUAUAAACCUUAUGAGAUAGGGAAGUGUCAUAACACUGCAUGAAAAUGAGGAGCCUCGGUUAAGAUUUGCACUCUCCGGAUGCUGUCUUUACUGUUUACCAUUGUCAACCAUAAGUAAAGCUUUUCAAAACCCGAA